AUGGCUUCCGUCCCGAGUGUGCAAUGCUUCGGCAAGAAGAAGACGGGAAUCGAGGACGGAUUACGUUCAGGGGAGGAAGAGGUGGAAAAUGACGAAGACACGGGGAACGAUCACCAUCGCUGGACGACACCCAACGCACGCCGCACAGAUUUUGCACCCGAAACUCGACCCCGGCCCGUACGCGAUCUGAUUUUGCAAACGAAUACCACACACGGCUUGAAAGGAACAACGCAGCUAACAACCGCACAGCAAGGCAAGGGUCUCAUCAAGGUCAACGGCCAGCCCCUCCAGCUCGUCCAGCCUGAGAUCCUCCGCUUCAAGGCCUACGAGCCCGUCCUCAUCGUCGGUGCUGACAAGUUUGCCGGUGUCGACAUCCGCGUCCGCGUCACCGGUGGUGGUCACACCUCCCAGGUCUACGCCAUCCGCCAGGCCAUCGCCAAGUCCCUCGUCGCCUACUACCAGAAGUACGUCGACGAGCACUCCAAGAACCAGCUGAAGCAGGCUUUCGUUCAGUACGACCGCACACUCCUCGUUGCCGACAACCGCCGCGCCGAGCCCAAGAAGUUCGGUGGUCGCGGUGCCCGCGCCAGGUACCAGAAAUCCUACCGUUAA